UAAACACUGCUUUCAAAACAAGAUACUACCACAAAGUGAUGGCAUUUGCCUCAAAACAAUAACAUUCUAGGUUUAUUAUAUUAAAUUAUAUUUUACAGUUCAUCAGUACAUGUUAAAGAAAGUAAUCACAUAGCUGCAAUGCAGUCUACAAAUCACAGAGGUUUUUAUAUACAAGGCUGUCCAGGCAUUUUCUCAUACCAGUGGUACCUGAGGUUCCACAUAAGAGCCACUAGGGGGCAUAUUUCCCACUGAAUGCACAGGCAGAGCAUAGUAACUCAGGACUUCUCAUUUCUGCUCUCUGCCCACAAAAGUGCUCUGGUUUGGGAGCUUUUGUCAAUGGAGCCAGGUGUCCCUGCAGUUCUUUUGAUGGUGUUUUGCUAUGCGCUGGCCGUGGCUGACCCUAGCUGUGACCUGGCCCAGUUCCUGCACUCUAACGGCAGCUGUGUGGCCUGUCCCACGUGUGGGCCAGGAGAGCAGCUUUCUGAGGACUGUGGCUAUGGCGACGGGGGAGAGGGGCGGUGCGUGGCGUGCGGGGAAGGGGAGUUCAGCGCGGAGGAGGGCCUGGCACCCUGCUGGCAGUGCACCCAGUGUUCCCUCCUGAACCGGGAGGAGCGGUCUCCGUGCGCGCCCACCAGCAAUGCGGAGUGCGGGCGCUGCCUGAGGGGGUAUUAUGAGAUGAAGAGGAAGAGUGGAGUAACUGAGGCCCUGUGCAUGCCCUGCUACAGCCCUACAGGAAAAAUACGGAAAGAAUGCCACCCCCCCUCCUCACUGCAAGCACACAUAUCUACAGCAGGAUUAAUUGCGGAUGUUUCAAGAACUCAACGUAAAGAAGAUCCAGGAAGAAGGGCGGAGCCAGUCCCAGUGUCCAUGGCUCUGAUUGGUUCAGUGUCGGCUGCUAUGGCUUUCCUUCUGGUGCACCUCCUGUGGGUGUUGCUGCUGACAGUGGAGAGACUCAAGCAAGGACCCAAGUGUUUGGCUGGCCAAGAGGACCUCUCUGGGCCCCAGUCUGCCGAAUCACUGCACAUGCUUCUCCCCUGCUCCCUGCCCUGUGCCACACCCUCUGCCACUCCCCCUGCCAUGCCCAGCCAUGAGGGACAGACAGACCAAUGGACACAUAGCACAGAGGACACGCCCAGGUGCUUGCACUCCCUGAACCCGGAGAAGGACCUGAAUUCUCCCUCCAUUGUAAUCAACUUAACUACAAACAUAAAGCCCUCCUGCCAGGGCGGAGACAGCAAGUGGGAGGGGCGUGAAGGAGCCAGCCGUACGCCUGAGGCCAAGAUCUCCAUGGAGGAGAUGGAACUGAAGCUGGAGGAGAUAUGUACAGUCACUAAAGGUCAAACCCUGGAGAAGUUGGACUACGACACGGUGCAAGACCUGUCUCUACUGCUCGACGCUGGGGGCAGGGGGGACGGCAUAAGGAGGUUGGGCCAGGCCCUGUCCGUUCCCCCGGAGGUCCUCAGCAACCUGCGUGGCUUCCAGGACCUUUUCCAGUACCUGCGCACCUCCACCUACACCCUUCUGCCCCAGCUGGCCAGGGCCGUGGCCUCCCUGCCCCGCCCCGACAUCAUCUCCAGGUUGCACCGCGGCCUAGGAGCCACGUCUUCUAGCGCUAAUGCUAACACCCAGACCUAGCCGUGGCGCUAACCCACCGACUUUCGAUGACACACAGAUACAAGUCAACUCCACAACUGAAGCAAGGCCCAUCCUGCCAUAGAAAACCUAGCAGAGGAGUUUUAAAUGUCGCUCUCAAAGGGCGAUAUUUCAUCACACCUGAGACGCAUCACUACUGCUCUGGGUCUCUUGGGGAGGUGGCGUGGAAAGGAACCAGACCCUUGUCCUAUUCUUCAUUGCCAUUCAGCUCCUCCUAAGAACCCAGGACUCACAUUUCAGCUCAGUGCAGAGGAAGCCUGGAAACAUGUGACACGUUGGCGGACUCUGAACUAGAGGUCACAGGGUCAAAGGUCACCUCUGAGAAAGUCAGUCACCCCCCCCCCCCCCAUGUACAACGGCAGUGUAGGGACUGGGAGUUUGCACUGUGGCUGACCACAGUAUAUACACACUCAUUAUAUACACUCACAUGCUCAGUAUAUACACACACUCAACACAGCCAGUCUCUUCACUGCCUCAUCUACCCCCGCACCCCAACACACCCCUCUGAUGCCUGAGUGUUAAAUAACAUUUGGACUCUUGCAUUAUUUAACCACAGGUAAUUGAGACUUUGGCACUGUGUGUAUUACUGUAUUCCUGUGUUUGCCAUGAAAAAUGAAUAAGGGGACUGCUAUCUGUCACGUACGUGGCAAGUUCCAGGGGGGUUGGAGAGAUGAUCUCAAUGGAAUGAGGGUAAAGACAGCUAGAGAAGGUAUUGUGUAUGCGUGAACGCUUGUAGUUCCUCAAAAUAAACUGACUCUUACGUCUCCCUCAGCUGCAUCUUCAGGUAAGUCCACAAGGAAGUGUCUACCUUUGUUUCUCCUUCCACCCCUGUGUGUACUGACACUGUAUGCCUCAGGCACUCAGUAGCGCUGGGUCGUUAUACUAUAUCCCUGUGCCGCACCAAUAAUGCAACUCUUCAUCCGUCUGUGUUUUACCUUUUAUGUAAGUUCAGUUGUUUACCAAAAUGUACAUUUUUGGUCUCUUAGUACUGUGCACCUUGGUGAUGCGAUGUUCAUUUCAUUAUUUUUGGGGUCCUGCUUUUGUAAUGUAUACCUUUUCACCAAAUCAGUGACGUUGUGCCAUGCCCUGUUGUUAAUAAAUUAACUGCACAUAUGAUUUAUGUAUGAGGGGAAACAGUCCCCCAGAAAACAAUACUUUUACCUUUUGUUACACCUUUGUCUCAUAAGAUUUGUUUUCAGAAACUUAUGAAAGUGAUAUGAUGCAUAUUGGUGUUUAUGACAAAGUAUAUCCUGUGUGUAUGCGUUUGAAGAACUUGUAAAUAUAAUGCAAACUUCUUUGAACUGUUUACAAGGUAGCAAGAGUGAUCUCGAUCUCCGCCUGGCUUUCUCCAGUCGCUAUGGCAGCAAGCUCCCCUUUGCACGACGCAAGCGAGCGAAAGGGCAAUAUAGUUCAUACAGGAUUACAGUGUCA